GAUGUAAAAGAAGAAAGGAAAAGUGACAAACUAGAACAUGGGGCCUCCUUCUCAAGUGGGUAUAUAAUAAUGAGGAGCUUAAAUCUUCACAUUUGAGCAUCGUCUCGUUCUUCUUUAAGCUUCAUCAACUGUGGAAAAAAGAAACCAACAAUGUGUAAGAAUUGGGUUGUUUUUGCUUUCAUCUUUCUAGUUCUCCUUAGCGGCUUCUCUUCAGCUUCAGCCACACCUCCUGCCAAAAUCGUAAGUGGGGUCGUCUCCAAUAUCGUCUCUGCACUUGUUAAGUGGCUCUGGUCACUCAAAUCCAACACUAAAACAGCCGUCUCUAGCCGUUCGAUGGUGAAAUUUGAAGGUGGAUAUACAGUGGAGACAGUGUUUGAUGGAAGUAAGCUUGGGAUUGAGCCAUAUUCUGUUGAGUUAUCUCCAACUGGAGAGCUAUUGGUUUUGGAUUCAGAAAAUAGUAACAUUUACAAGAUCUCAACACCAUUAUCUAGAUAUAGCAGGCCCAAGCUGAUUGCUGGAUCCUCUGAAGGGUACUCGGGACAUGUAGAUGGGAGGCUAAGAGAAGCAAGAAUGAAUCACCCAAAAGGUCUUACGGUGGAUGACCGAGGAAACAUAUAUAUAGCGGACACAAUGAACAUGGCUAUCAGAAAGAUAAGUGAUGGAGCUGUUACAACUAUUGCAGGCGGAAAAUGGGCUCGUGGAGGUGGUCAUGUCGAUGUUGAUGCAAAGUUUUCAAAUGAUUUUGAUGUGGUUUAUAUUGGAAGUAGCUGCUCUCUUUUGGUUAUAGAUAGAGGAAACCAGGCAAUUCGAGAGAUUCAACUCCAUGAUGAAGAUUGUAACUAUCAAUAUGAUGGUAGUUUCCAUUUAGGGAUAGUAGUGCUUGCUGCUGCUGCAUUCUUUGGCUACAUGCUAGCAUUGCUGCAACGUAGGGUACAAUCAUUGUUUUCUUCCAAUGAUGAUUCAAGAAAUUAUAUAAAGAAAGGAACACCAAUGGCACCAUACCAAAGGCCACCUAAAUCAGUCAGGCCCCCUUUGAUUCCAAAUGAAGGUGAACUUGAAAAACCAGAUGAGGGCUUUUUUGGUUCGCUCGGGAGGCUUGUCCUCAACACUGGAUCAACUGUAGGUGAAAUUUUUGGGGGAUUAUUUUCAGGCUUCAGAAGGAAGCCCCUUCGCUACCAGUUUGAACAGCAGUACCAGCAACAUCUCCAACAUUCAAAUGCAUGGCCAAUGCAAGAAAGUUUUGUGAUUCCAGAUGAAGAUGAGCCACCAUCAAUUGAAACCAGGACUCCUACACCAAAGAGAACCUAUCCAUUUAUGACCAAGGACCUGGAGAAGCACCACCAAUUCAAGCAAAACCGUAGUUACCAUGGUGCUUGGGAUGAUGAUUAUCACCAACAGAAACAGCAACAACAGCAACAGCAAAUGCAAAUGCAAAUGCAGAUGCAGCGCCACCACCAGCAACAACAGCAGCAGCAGCAGCAGCAUCAUAGGCAUUAUACAUCCAACCCGAAAACAUACUACGAAAAGAGCUGUGAUGCAAACGAGAUUGUGUUUGGGGCUGUUCAAGAACAGGCUGGUCGGCGUGAAGCUGUGGUUAUAAAGGCUGUUGACUAUGGAGAUCCUAGGUACAGUCACCAUAAUAUUCGACCUCGAUUCAACUAUGUUGGUUAUUCUCAUGGGUAUUAAUCAUCUAUUAUAUAUAUUACUAGAGGGGAAAACAAAAGAAUAUUUUCAACUUCCGUGUGCCUUAAGAUGAGUAUGGAAAAAUAUGUCUUUUACUGUUUUUCUAUAUUUUUAUUUGUUUAUUAAUAUUUUUUAAUCUCUUCCUUUUUACUUUCAUUUUUUGGUGGAAAUGUUAGUACUGUUUUAAAAAGUUUGCUUGUAGCGAUCAAAUAUGUAACAUAUCUUAUACAAUAUGAAGAGAAUCAAAUGGCUAGCUGUUGAUGUUA